UUACUUAGCUGAGUUUACGUCGAGCAAAAUAUGGUGGUGUUAUCUGUUAUGAAUUAUGAUUGGAAAACACUUUAUUUAUUGAAUUUGUGAUCCCUUCAAUGCACUUCUAUGUUACCCUAUGAGUUUGUAACAAAAUGAGACCUAAUUUAUGUUGAUUUUAUGGCAAGGAGUAACGUUGCAUUCAUUGUUAUUAGUAAUAAUUAGAUAAUAGUGUUUUGGCACUGAUGGAUAUUCGCAACGAAAUUAAAAAAAAAUUGUAACAAAGAAAAUCAAUUGCGAGGUGUUACUGAAUUAACACCAAAAUGUUGUAUGUUUUUCACGUUGACUCUGGUCAAAUGACCACAUAUGACAUGAACUUAACACUACAAACUGUUGCAACUUUGAAACUUGCAAUAGAGAGAAAAACCAAAAUUCCUGCUCACUCUCUAGUGUUGUUAGUGAGUGGCGGAGAUGUGCUUCACCCGGACAACAUGGUAUCAUCGUACAGUGCGGGGACAGACACAAAUCCUAUAUACAUGUUCAGCAAGCCCAACGUCAAAGACAACCAAAUUAAACAAUCAAUGUGUGAUCUCAGUCCCAUAGUAGAAGUGAGCACUGGUGAAUCAUGUAGCGAAAUGCGUAGUGGUUGUGAGACCAAGUCUAUUGGUGAACUCAAGAAUGCUGUUGAUGUAUGCUGUUCCCUUCCCCCGACGUUGAAUACUGUGAUAUCAUGUGCGACACUGGCACAGCAGUUUAGUGACCUUGCUCACGAGGUGUCGAGAAGCUGUGACCAGCUCGUCCAUGAACAGCAUCUGCAGCACCAGGGUUGGGCAGCAGUGGUUGCCAACUUAGAGGAUAUUUUUAACGAAUUUAAUGAAAGAUCUCGAAGUUUUAAAGAGUCAUUCAGAAAGCAUCGUCUGAAAAAGGAAGAUUACCACGAAAAGUUAAAUACGUUGAAUGAAGUAUUAGAAUCUUUGGGCAAGAUUCCAAUUCUGCCGGCACUCCGACUGAACGCGGAGGCGCACCGAUUCUCGGCAUUCGAUGUGUUCGAAGACACGGACUUCGAAGGACACCACUACGGCGUCAAUCAGCCGCAGUCUUUAGAGAGCUCGAAAAAUAGAACCGCUCAAGAUUUCGGCGGCGGCAUCUUUAAGUUAUCUGAGGAAGAUGUUUUCGAGAAGAACGCCGCCAGUCACUCGGGCUCCGAGGGUCAGCAGCAGAUAUCGUCGUCGGACGAGGGCGUCACGUUCAAGGCCUCCUGCGAGAGCAAGGACGACCCCACCCUGCUGCACUGGAUCCUCGCCCAGGGGAACAAAGCCUCGCUGCAGGAUAUACUGGAUUACUGCCAAAAGGGACUCGCUUUGAUCGACGCGGAGCCCCUGAAGGAGCGCGAGGCGGAACUGCACCACAUCCUAGAGUACGCGAACAUGCACGGGCUGAAGCAGAUCAAGGGUAUCGAGGACCGGCUGUACGGCCUCGACCAGUUGCUGAGCGACGCCAAGAAGCUGGAGCGGGACCAGCACGACCAGGCCGCCUCGCUCAUACAGUCUCGAGAGCGUUUGAACGCAGCUUGCGAUCCUUCGGUACUGCCAACGCUAGUCCAGUCGCACUGGUGCCAGCUGGAGAAGCUACUCAAAGGUCACCAGCUACUGGUGGACAUCAGGCGACGAAUCGCCAAGUCUAAGGAGGAGCUCUCGCAUAUACUGAAGGCGAGAUUAGAGGCUGUCCUGAUGAUCGAGAACUCGAUGUCGGUGCAGGACGCGCACGCGAUGCUGUCCUUCCAGUGUUUCAACCGUCUGGCGCGGUACUUCGGCAUAGUGGCGCAGCUGCACCGCGCGCCCGCCGUGUUCGUGCGCGCCGUCAGCGAAGUCGCGCGACGACGACGCUUCUCGCAAGCACACCUACAGUGGGCCACGGAUCUCGCGCAAAAGCUGCUGAGAAUCCACGAGGAGGAGGUGUGCAGACGGCAGGAGUUCAACACGCACUUCGAGGGCCAUUUCCUCAAGAGUCUGUUCCCCGGCAUGUCGGACCUGCCGCCGCACUUCGCGACGCAGUCCCCGCCAACCUUCGACGCCAAGUUACCGCAGUUGUCCGACGAAGACGUCGAGUUUAUAUCCAAAACGUUCCCGGAACUGUCCGAAGAGGUCCCCAAAUAUGAUAUGGAUGCUACGGUCAAGUUCUUCCGACAGAGGAUAGAGUCAUCGGGACACGAGGAAAAGGAUGUUGAUGUGCAGGUUGAUUUUGAAAAGGAUUUCGAGUCGGAAACCGACACGGGUUUCGAGAAGCUGAGCCAGCGUCAGAAGAUGGACAUGUCGACGACUUGCGCGCCGGACACCACGGCGGUGUCCACGGUGACCGAGGUGCGAACUCUACCAGUUAUACCGGAACAUAACCACGAGUUUGUCGACUCACAGUUUUACAUCGACGAAUCUCUGCCUUCCAGUCUGGAAUUGGGCCGGGAGAGACAGGACAAUAUGGAUACACACAAAAUAAAUAUAGAAAAGUUACAGGAAUUUUUGAUUAAAAUUAGCAGUAUAUGCAGGGUUAAUAUUAUCUUCAUUAAAGAGGAGUUGGUUAAGUUAAAGAGUGAAGUGGAGGAGCAGAAGAAACUCAUUCACGGCAAAUACAUCGAGUUUACUGAGGCCUGGGAGAGAAAUAGACAGGAGACGGAAGUUAGAUUCCGUGAGCAAACUCAGAGGCUGACCGUAGAUCACGAAUUAGAACUGAGCGACGUCAAAGCGACUAUAAGCAAAAAGGAUGAAGAAAUUAGCGCACUAAAUCAAACUAUCGAAAGUAUAAAGGCGCUUCACCAAGAGGAAGUGGCCAAAUUAAAUAGUGAUCAUCAGGGAACAAAAGAUUUGCUCGAGAAGACCCAAAAGGAAAUAAAAGAGUUCGAGAAAAAGAUUGAGGAAGCGGAGAGUGUUAAACAGAAGGAGAUAAACGACGUGAGAGAGAAGCUACAUCAGGAUUAUAGAGCCGAGAUAGAGUCGCUGCGGUCGAGGUUCCGUCUAGUAGCCCUCACAAACAAUAUGGACCGGUCUCCAUCGGAGUCGAGUCUGGAGAAGAUUGAGCGGACUGACGUUAUAGAGAUAAGCAACCACAACAACAUAGUGAUGCAGACUAAGGAGAAUGCUGAAGUGGAAAAAGAGGAAGCUGUAAGGGAAGCGGUGAGGAAGUGUAAGGAGGAAUGUGAGCAGAAGUUGGCAGCUGAGGUCGCGCUGAUCAAAGCCAAAUACGAGACGGAGAAACAGGUAACAAUCAACGAUGUGACGAGACGACUGUUGUCGGAGAAGGACAGACAGCUGGAGCUGCUGAAGGAAAGGGAGACGGUGCUGUCGCGAGAGUGCAACAAGUAUCGGGACACGAUACAACAGCUCACAGACCCCGAGACCAACGACUAUGACAGUCUGUUGAAAACACAGUUCGCCACUCUUGAAAACGAGAAGGCUGUUCUUCAGCAGCAGGUCACAGAACUGAAGAAAGAAUUGGAAAAGAAAUCGGAGGAGGCGGAUAAGAGCAAAGAAGAGGAUAGCGAUGGAAGUAGGCCGGAGCGCGGAAGGCGGGCGCGAUGCCACACGCCGCUCGGGCUGGCGGGCGGCAGUCUGAGCCUGUCGUCGUGUCUGCCCGGACACACGGUGCUGCUGCUGUGGGACCCUGCACAUCUCAACUACACCGUUAUGCAGGAAUCGUCAAUAAUGUAUUUCGUGCACAGCGACUGCCUGCCGGCGCUGGACCUCAGCAUCCACGUGAAGCACGAGAGCGAGCGCCGACUAUACGCCAUCGCCACUGUCGAGUCGAAGGAGUAUUGUUAUGCUAAGAAGAGCGGUAACCGUUACCACAUGCCGCGCGGCUCGCGUUUCUACCGCGUGCGCGUCAAGCCGCUGCGGCCCGCGCCGCCGCCGCCGCUUUGCUGCGACCGCCACAAGUCAGAUGCAAUGAGGGGCAGCGUGCUGUCAGCGCUCAGACCGAAGCCCGUCAACAAGUGGUUGACGUACAUGCAUGCACCAGACUUACAGCGAUCAGCGGACACGAGUCAGUCGACGAGCUCGAACACGGACGACGCGUGUGUGGGUGAGGUGGCGACGGCCACGCUCAUCAACCUGGAGUCGCCCGGGGGGUCGAGCGCCCCCCUGCCGGCCCUCCCCAGUGCGCACGCCCCCCUGGCCGCGCAGUCGUCCCCCUCGGAGGACCAGCUCGACUCUAUAGAGUCCAGCGACCAGUGGCACGCUAAAAUGGCUGUCUCGACGGCUAGCGCUAUUACGGACAUGGAGUGCAGCGUGGCGCGGUGCAGGUCGCCGGUGGAGCUGACCGCGAGCGCGGCGGAGCUGGCCCCUCCUGAGGAGCCCCCCGAGGAGCUCGCCGAGGAGGCGGCCCCCUGACCCCCCGCCCGCCGACCUGCCGACCCCCCUGCCGUCGGUUGAGGCUCCACAGCAGAGAGUAGCUAGGUACCGUUACGUGACGCCCGUAUCAUUAGUCAUUUCCUCGAGAUUUCGUCGACACGACUCAACCUCAAUCCUCAAAAAUUAUGUCAUUUCUUCAAGAAAACUUUCGACGUUUGACAGGUCAUUCUUCACCUCGGAUAAGUAAAUUCGAGGAUUAACGGCCGUUCCCAAUAUUCAAUCUAUCUCUGGUUUGACAUACAACC